GGCGGGGACGCCUUCGGGGUCGGCAGGCCCUGUGGAUGCAGCCUGGCGGGAGCGUUUGGACCCUGUCCUCCGGAGGAGCCACCAUGAAUUCGGUGGCUGGGAAUAAAGAGAGGCUUGCGGUCUCCAGCCGGGGCAAGAGAUACGGGGUCGGCGAAGCGUGCUCGCCCACCAAGCCCGCCGCGCCCUUCUCUCCCGAGAGCUGGUACCGCAAGGCGUACGAGGAGUCGCGCACCGGGAACCGGCCCACUCCCGAGGGCGCGGGCUCCGCGCUCGGCUCGUCCGGGACCCCGUCCCCGGGCUCGGGCACCUCGUCCCCGAGCUCCUUCACCGGCUCCCCGGGCCCCGCGUCCCCGGGCAUCGGUACCAGCUCGCCGGGCUCCCUGGGCGGCUCGCCGGGCUUCGGCACCGGCUCCCCCGGCUCGGGCAGCGGCGGCGGCUCCUCCCCCGGCUCGGACCGCGGCGUCUGGUGCGAGAACUGCAACGCCCGCUUGGUGGAGCUCAAGAGGCAGGCUCUCAAGUUGCUGCUGCCGGGACCCCUCCCGGGCAAGGACCCCGCUUUCUCUUCCGUGAUUCACGACAAACUCCAGGUCCCUAACACCAUCAGGAAGUCCUGGAAUGACCGAGACAACCGCUGCGACAUUUGUGCCACACACCUGAACCAGCUCAAGCAGGAAGCCAUCCAGAUGGUGCUGACCUUGGAGCAGGCAGCUGGCAGCGAGCACUAUGACGCCUCUCCGGGCUCACCGCCCCCAGUCUCCAGCAUCCCCGCACUGGUGGGGUCCCGGCACGUGGGUGGGCUCCAGCAGCCCAGGGAGUGGGCCUUUGUGCCUGCUCCCUAUGCCACCUCUACCUACACGGGCCUUGUCAACAAACACAGCGGCAAACCCAACAGCCUCGGGGUCAGCAAUGGCGCAGAAAAGAAGAGUGGGUCCCCAACCCACCAGGCCAAGGUCAGCCUCCAGAUGGCCACCAGUCCGAGCAAUGGCAACAUCCUCAACUCAGUGGCCAUUCAGGCUCACCAAUAUCUGGAUGGCACUUGGUCCCUUUCGAGAACUAAUGGGGUUACCCUGUACCCCUAUCAGAUCUCCCAGCUGAUGACAGAGACUGGCCGGGAGGGACUGACGGAGUCAGCGCUGAACCGCUACAAUGCUGACAAGCCUGCAGCCAGCAGUGUCCCGGCCCCACAGGGCUCCUGUGUGGCCACUGAGACCUCCACAGGCACCUCCGUGGCUGCUUCCUUCUUCGCACGAGCUGCCCAGAAGUUAAAUCUGUCAUCUAAGAAGAAGAAACACCGGCCUUCGACCCCCUCUGUUGCAGAGGCUCCGCUCUUUGCUACCAGCUUCAGCGGGAUCCUGCAGACCUCGCCACCCCCGGCCCCACCCUGUCUCCUGAGGGCUGUCAAUAAGGUGAAGGACACUCCUGGCAUGGGCAAGGUGAAAGUCAUGCUGCGUAUCUGUUCCACGUCAGCUCGAGAUACCUCAGAAUCCAGCUCUUUCCUGAAGGUGGAUCCCCGGAAGAAGCAGAUCACCCUGUACGAUCCCCUGACUUGCGGAGGUCAAAACGCCUUCCAGAAAAGAAGCAGCCAGGUUCCUCCGAAGAUGUUCGCCUUUGAUGCGGUUUUCCCUCAGGAUGCCUCUCAGGCUGAAGUGUGCGCUGGAACUGUGGCCGAGGUGAUCCAGUCUGUGGUGAACGGGGCAGAUGGCUGUGUGUUCUGUUUCGGCCAUGCCAAGCUGGGGAAAUCCUACACCAUGGUUGGAAAGGAUGACUCUAUGCAGAACCUGGGCAUUAUCCCGUGCGCCAUUUCUUGGCUGUUCAAGCUCAUCAAUGAGCGCAAGGAGAAGACUGGGGCCCGCUUCUCCGUCCGGAUCUCGGCUGUUGAGGUGUGGGGGAAGGAGGAGAACCUCCGAGACCUGCUAUCUGAGGUGGCCACGGGCAGCCUACAGGAUGGACAGUCCCCAGGCGUGUACCUCUGUGAGGACCCCAUCUGUGGCACACAGCUGCAGAACCAGAGCGAGCUGCGGGCCCCCACCGCGGAGAAAGCUGCCUUCUUCCUGGAUGCUGCCAUCGCCUCGAGGCGAAGCAACCAACAAGACUGUGAUGAGGAUGAUCACCGGAACUCUCACAUGCUCUUCACCCUGCACAUCUACCAGUACCGGAUGGAGAAGAGUGGGAAGGGCGGAAUGUCUGGGGGUCGCAGCCGCCUACAUCUCAUCGAUCUUGGCAGUUGUGUGAAAGCUCUCAGCAAAAACCGAGAAGGAGGCUCGGGGCUGUGCCUCUCACUGUCCGCUCUGGGCAAUGUCAUCCUGGCCCUGGUCAACGGGAGCAAGCACAUCCCAUACAAGGAGAGCAAGCUCACCAUGCUCCUGAGAGAGUCUCUGGGGAAUGUGAACUGUCGCACCACCAUGAUCGCGCACAUCUCGGCCGCAGCUGGCAGCUACGCGGAGACCCUGUCCACCAUCCAGAUCGCAUCAAGAGUCUUGAGGAUGAAGAAGAAGAAGACUAAGUACACGUCAAGCUCCUCGGGGGGAGAAAGCUCCUGUGAGGAGGGCAGGAUGCGCAGGCCCACCCAGCUGAGACCCUUCCACGCCCGGGCUCCAGUGCAUCCCGACUUCCCCCUCGCCCCGCUAUCCAGCGAUCCCGAUUACUCCUCCAGCAGCGAGCAGUCCUGUGACACCGUCAUCUACAUCGGGCCCAACGGCACGGCCCUGUCUGACAAGGAGCUCACUGACAACGAGGGCCCCCCAGACUUUGUGCCCAUCGUGCCAGCCCUGCAGAAGACCAGGGGUGACAGCCGGCCAGCGGAGGCAGCAGAGGCCGCGACCGGCAAGCCGGAAAGGGACUGUCUGAAGUGCAACACGUUCGCCGAGCUGCAGGAGCGGCUGGACUGCAUAGAUGGCAGCGAAGAGCCCAACAAGUUUCCCUUCGAGGAGCUGCCCGUCCAGUUUGGGGCGGAGCAGGCUAGUCGAUGUCCCUCCUCAAGCCAAGCAGCAGGGCUGGAGGCAUUCUCUGAGUCGGACAGAGAAGACAAUGGGUCAGACAGUGGCCAGUUGACCGAGAGGGAAGGCGCAGAGCUUCCGGCCUCCAAGAUGCCGCAGAAUCGGUCCCCUGCGCCCCCGGUGAUGCGCAGCAGCAGCCCUAGUCCGGCGUCGCCACGGAGCAUCCCUGGCAGCAGCAACCAGCACAGUCCCUCCCAGCUCACACAGAGCCCCAGCCUGCAGAGCAGCCGUGAGAGCCUGAACUCCUGCGGCUUCGUGGAGGGGAAGCCCAGACCCAUGGGCUCCCCGAGGCUAGGCAUUGCCAGCCUGUCCAAGACCUCAGAGUACAAACCCCCUGGAUCCCCCUCCCAGAGGUGCAAAGUUUACACCCAGAAGGGGGUCCUGCCCUCCUCCGCCCCACCACCUUCCCUCAGCAAGGACUCUGGCAUGGUCUCCAGCGAGUCCCUGCUUCAGCCUGAUGUGCGUACUCCCCCGGUCGGGAUGAGUCCCCAGGUUUUGAAGAAAUCCAUGUCUGCUGGGACGGAGGGGUUCCCUGGAACCCCAGUGGAAGGGGAGCACCAGGAAGGCCCUCCUGCAGACGCCAAGAAGGAGAUUCUGAGCACCACCAUGGUGACGGUGCAGCAGCCGCUAGAGCUGAACGGGGAGGAUGAGCUGGUGUUCACCCUGGUGGAGGAGCUGACCAUCAGCGGGGUGCUGGACAGCGGCCGCCCCACCAGCAUCAUCAGCUUCAACAGCGACUGCUCUGUGCAGGCCCUGGCCUCCGGCUCUCGGCCCGUCAGCAUCAUAAGCAGCAUCAGCGAGGACGCCGAGUGCUACUCCAGCGUGGCGCCCAUCUCUGAGGUGAGCAUCACGCAGUUCCUGCCCCUCCCUAAGCUGGGCCUGGACGAGAAGGCCCGGGAGACGGGCAGCCGGCGUUCCUCCAUCAGCUCCUGGCUGAGCGAGAUGAGCGCGGGCAGUGACGGCGAGCAGUCGUGCCACAGUUUCAUAGCACAGACGUGCUUCGGGCACGGGGAAGCCAUGGCGGAACCCCCAGCCUCGGAGUUCGUCAGCAGCAGCGUCCAGAACACCGCCGUGGUAUGCAGAGAGAAGCCUGAGGCAGGCCCCGACAACCUGCUCAUCUUAUCUGACAUGGGGGAGGAGUCUGUCCACAGAGCCACUCCCAUCAAAGGCUGCAAAAUCUCCACGCUGGGCAAGGCCAUGGUCACCAUCUCCAACACCGCCAGCCUGGGCAGCUGCGAAGGUUACAUCCCCAUGAAGACCAACAUCACUGUUUACCCCUGCAUUGCCAUGAGCCCCCGAAACGUGCAGGAGCCCGAGUCCUCCACUGCCACCCCAAAGGCAGCUCCCAAAACAUCCCAGCCCCAAGAAAUCAAGGAAGCCAAUGCAAGGAGAGAGAUGAAAUUUGAGGACCCCUGGCUCAAACGAGAAGAGGAGGUGAAAAGGGACAACGCAUACUCCAGCGAGGAAGGGGUUAAGUGUGAGGCUGGCACAAGCUCCCUGACCCAGGAAGGGAAGUCAGAGCAGGAGCAGGAUGGCAGGCCCAGCUCAGGCAACCGGCUAAGCAGCGCAGAGGCCGCCGCCUUUCAGGCGCCUGACAGCAUUCGGAGGGUGGUGGAUGGCUGUGAGAUGGUCCUGCCUGGCUCGGCGGCCCAAAGUCCGCUGCAUCCCAACAGGAAUCUAAAGUCAAGCAGCCUCCCAAGGGCGUUUCAGAAAGCCGACAGGCAUGAGGAGCUCGACAGCUUCUAUCACUGCCUGGCGGACAGCAAUGGCUUCAGCGGGCCUCCAGGCACCCAGUCCUCCAAGACAACCCUGGAGAGGAAAGUGGCUUCACCCAAGCAUGGUGUUCUGGCUCGGCCCAAAGGGACACCGCCUCUGCCUCCUGUCCGCAAGUCCAGCUUGGACCAGAAGAACAGGGCCAGCCCUCAGCACAGUGGCAGUGGCGGCGGCACCAGCCGUCCCCUGAACCAGCCCGUUACCUUCUCGGCUUGCUUCCCCGAUGAGGCCAACAGUAAGACUAAGGAUGCCAGCAGCAGCAGCAAGCUCUUCAGCGCCAAGCUGGAGCAGCUGGCCAGCAGAACCAACUCUCUUGGCAGGACAACAGUCAGCCACUAUGAAUGCUUGUCGCUGGAGAGGGCCGAAAGCCUGUCAUCUGUGAGCUCCCGCAUGCAUGCCGGCAAAGAUAGUACCAUGCCCCGGGCUGGCAGGAGCCUGGGGCGCAGCACAGGGCCCUCGCCCCCCAGCUGUGUCCUCGCCCAGGCCGCAGGGGCCUCUCCCAAGGCCAGCCAGUCUAAGAUCUCGGCGGUGAGCAAGCUCCUGCUGGCCAGCCCCAAGUCCCGCAGCCUGUCCACCUCGACCACCAAAACCCUCAGCUUCUCCACCAAGUCCCUGCCGCAGUCCGUGGGCCAGAGCUCCAACCUGCCGCCCAGCGGGAAGCACCUGUCCUGGUCCACCCAGUCGCUCAGCAGGAACCGGGGCUCUGGGCUGGCUUCCAAGCUGCCCCUGCGAGCCGUCAACGGGCGCAUUUCGGAGCUGCUGCAGGGCAGCGCGGGCCCGAGGGGCGCGCAGCCGAGGCCGGAGGCGGAGGAGCGCGGUGGGGCUCCCGCGGAGGACAAGGCCGCCGCCGUCCACCUGCUGCCCUCGCCCUACAGCAAGAUCACCCCCCCUCGGAAGCCGCACCGCUGCAGCAGCGGCCACGGCAGCGACAACAGCAGCGUCCUGAGCGGGGAGCUGCCGCCCGCCAUGGGCAAGACCGCCCUGUUCUACCACAGCGGCGGCAGCAGUGGCUAUGAGAGCAUGAUGAGGGACAGCGAGGCCACCGGCAGCGCGUCUUCCGCCCAGGACUCCAUGAGUGAGAACAGCAGCUCCGUGGGAGGCAGGUGCAGGGGCCUCAAGGCCCCGAAGAAGCGCUCUAACUCAGGUUCCCAGAGACGGAGGCUCAUUCCAGCAUUGACCCUUGACACCCCGUCACCUGUGAGAAAAACUGCCAGCAGCACAGGGGUCCGCUGGGUGGACGGCCCCCUGAGGAGCACCCAGAGGGGCCUUGGGGAACCAUUCGAGAUUAAAGUCUAUGAAAUUGAUGACGUGGAGCGCCUGCAGCGGCGACGAGGGGGCACCAACAAGGAGGUCAUGUGCUUCAACGCCAAGCUGAAGAUCCUAGAGCAUCGGCAACAGAGAAUCGCUGAGGUCCGAGCCAAGUACGAGUGGCUGAUGAAGGAGCUGGAGGCGACCAAGCAGUACCUGAUGCUGGACCCCAACAAAUGGCUUCGAGAAUUUGACUUGGAGCAGGUCCUGCAGCUGGAUUCCCUGGAGUACCUGGAGGCACUGGAGGGCGUGACAGAGCGCCUGGAGAGCCGUGUCAACUUCUGCAAGGCCCAUCUCAUGAUGAUCACCUGCUUUGACGUCACCUCCAGGCGCCGAUAAGGACCGGUGGGCUCCGAGCCAUCAGUCCCUCACUCCCCAGGACUUCAGCAGGACACCGCCCUCCCAGGCCCUCUGUGCUGGCAACGCUCAAGACACUAGGAUGAGGAUGAAGGUUGGUGGCAAGUCUGGAGUGAGCGUGGAGCGAAAGGCGAUGUUUCCUUUGUUUUCUGUAGGGAAGAAAGGUACAGACCCCAACAUGUGGAAGGAGGAGAUGAUGGGAAGCCCCGUAGGACUGAGAAAGCACUUUGAGGAACCUUGAAGAACUGUACAUAAGGACUGCUAGCAAAGAGACUCUUACCUUGUGGUUGUAAGGAAGGGGAGGGUGACGUGGGGUUGCCAUUGAAAGCGAAACACCAACAAGAUGACCCAGAAUGGUGGAUUAAGUGCCUUGCAAAUCUUUAUGAUUACCCAAACAUUUGUUUUCGUACUUUCUUGUGUCCAGAUGGUGCUAGUCAAGAAGAAAUCAACAAAACAGAAAACUCAACCCAGUUUUUUGAAAUGUAUUUACGGCUUGUUUUCUCUUGUUUCUGAUUUGCUGUUUGUUUCUAAGAAGUUAUGUCUGUAGUGAUGUCUCCGAAUUGGUAUUGCAACUGAAUAAAUGUUAACCGUCUUUCAUGGCUCUUCUGGUAAGGCCACUCAGAACGUAGAAACUGCAUUGGCAUGAGCCACUGUGUCCCCCAGAGAGGUUUGGAAGGGCAGGUGAUGGAAGAUGCCACCUUCCAUAAGCCAUAGGUCAGCUGGGAGACCCGGGGUGGAGCACAGAAUGGGUGCGCAUGAGUUUAGCGGCAAGGAGAGGUGUCUUUAAAGGGAAGGGGGUUCUGUGUGACCUGGGCCCCUGUUCUUGUUUAUGUUGUGCAUUCAUGGCUCUCAAAACAAGCUCAUGUUUCUUUCUAGUCCAAAGACUCUGGAUGGGAAGUUUGAACAACUGCAGCCUAGUACUGUUUUGUUUUGUUUGUUUGUUUUGUUUUCAUGU